AUGGCCUUCUUGAAACAAACCCUGGGCGGCCCCGAAGGCGACCAGCGUGUCUACAAGAUCCUUCGAAGACAAGUCUGGCUCGGCGUAGGCACAGGCCUCUUGCUCUGUCUAGUUGUAGCAGGCAUCAUCAUUGGCGUCUUCUACGGUGUCGGCCGCGUGAGCUGGGAAGCUAACGAGUACUAUUAUGAGGGAUCGUUUGCCCUGUUUGCCUCUAUUAUCAUCACUCUCAUGGGAGUAGCCCUCUUGCGUGUCGGAAAGAUGCAGCAAAAGUGGCGCAUCAAACUCGCCAAGGCUCUCGAGGCCCCGAUCAACAAGGGCGGCAAGAAGGGACGGUUCAAGCGAUUUGCCGAAAAGUACAUCAUGUUUGUCCUUCCCUUCAUUACCAUUCUCCGCGAGGGCAUCGAAGCCAUCGUGUUUGUGGCUGGCGUCACCUUUCUCCGCCCCUGCAUCUGCCGUUCCCCUUCCGGUCAUUUGUUGGUUUGA